AACAACAACAAUGGUGGGUAAUUGAAGCAGCUGGGGAGGAGGAGGGGGGGUAUUAGAGAUGAGCGGAUGAUAUUUAACAGUUUCAGCCUCCAGACCGGUGUCAACAGUGAAUCAACAGGGGGAGGAUGAAGCGGCGCAAUGCGGACUGCAGCAAACUCCGACGGCCCUUAAAACGGAACCGAAUCACAGAGGGGAUAUAUAGCAGUACCUUCCUGUACCUGAAGUUCCUGGUGGUGUGGGUGUUAGUUCUGCUGGCUGACUUUGUGCUGGAGUUCAGGUUUGAGUACCUGUGGCCCUUCUGGCUUUUCAUUCGAAGCGUCUACGACUCCUUCAGAUAUCAGGGACUGGCGUUCUCUGUUUUCUUCGUAUGUGUGGCGUUUACGUCGGACAUCAUCUGCCUCCUCUUCAUCCCCGUCCAAUGGCUGUUUUUUGCCGCCAGCACCUACGUAUGGGUUCAGUACGUCUGGCACACAGAAAGAGGAGUCUGUCUACCAACUGUAUCGCUGUGGAUCUUGUUCGUGUACAUCGAAGCUGCCAUAAGGUUCAAAGAUCUGAAGAACUUUCACGUAGACCUGUGUCGACCCUUUGCUGCUCACUGUAUCGGCUAUCCAGUGGUCACUCUGGGUUUCGGCUUUAAGAGCUACGUCAGCUACAAGAUGCGACUGAGGAAACAGAAGGAGGUGCAGAAGGAGAACGAGUUCUACAUGCAGCUUCUACUGCAGGCUUUACCGCCAGAGCAACAGAUGCUGCAGAGACAGGAGAGGGAGGCAGAGGAGGCUGCUUUGGCUAAAGGGAUCUCCGAGGUAGAACCCGCCGUUGUAUCCCAGAACGGAGCACCUCCUGGAAAGAAAAGCACUCCAGUCCCUCUACCAGAACUGGAGUACAGGGAAAAAGGGAAGGACAGUACCGCCAAAGAGCGCGAGGGCAAAAAACAAAACGCGAUUGGAAUCAAUAACAACAGUAUUAUGCACGCACUGGACUCCAAACUGCAGGAGGCAGAGUAUAUAGAGAACUACGUCGGGCCAAAGAGACUGAAUAACGACCUGGCAGGAGAGAGCACACACGCCGACGGCAACGCCCACUCGGCUUCAAAAGAGGAAACGUCAGGGGCGGGGAAGAACUACAAAAAUGCCAGCGGAGGGGGAAACAUUUCCAACUCGUCACCGAGGAAUCACAGUUCUUCAAACGGCAGCGUCCCGCCGGGUUCCUCCACCGGUAAGAAUGAGAAGAAGCAGAAGGGGGCCGGGAAGGGGCAGAAGGAUCCGGUGGAGAACUGCAUCCCCAACAACCAGCUGGGCAAGCCGGACGCUCUCGUAAGGCUGGAGCAGGAUGUGAAGCGUCUGAAGGCCGAUCUUCAGGCCAACAGGCAGUUGGAGUCGGAGCUGCGGAGUCAGCUCUCCUCUCUGAGCAGCCAGGACCGCAGCCUACGCUCUGAACUGGGCCAGCUCCGCCAGGACAACGAGCUGCUGCAGAACAAGCUCCACAGUGCCGUCCAGGCCAAGCAGAAGGAUAAGCAGACCAUCUCCCAGCUGGAGAAGAGGCUGAAGGCCGAGCAGGAGGCUCGCGCCCUCGCCGAGAAACAGCUGGCCGAGGAGAGGAAGAGGAAGAAGAUGGAGGAGGCCACUGCUGCCAGAGCCGUGGCCUUAGCUGCUGCCACCAGAGUGGAGUCGACUGACUCUCUGCGUGGUCGGAUCAGAGAGCUGGAGAACGAGUGUAAGAAGCUCAGCAUGGACUUGAAACUUAAGGAGGAGCAGAUUCGGGAUCUGGAGGGAAAGUGUCAGGAGCUGCGGAAGUAUAAAGAGAACGAGAAGGACACAGAGGUGUUGAUGUCAGCGCUGUCGGCCAUGCAGGAGAAGACCCAGCACCUGGAGAACAGCCUGAGCGCUGAGACCCGGAUCAAACUGGACCUCUUCUCUGCACUGGGGGAUGCCAAGAGACAGCUGGAGAUAGCACAAGGCCAGAUCCACCAGAGGGAGCAGGAGAUCGCGGAGCUGAAGCAGAAGAUCGCCGAGGUGAUGGCGGUGAUGCCCAGCCUGUCCUACUCCUCUGACGGCAACAACCUCAGCCCCGUCACCCCGCACUACUCCUCCAAGUUCAUGGACAAUAGUCCCUCCUCCCUGGACCCCAACGCCUCGGUCUACCAGCCCCUCAAAAAGUGACUCUGACAGCCACACUUUGGGUCAGACAGAACUUUGUCUCUUUCUUUACUUUGGCGAAGCUCUCCGCUCCGGUUUGGGUUAUUUUUGAGUUUACCAGCCUCCCCCCCCCCCCGACAGUUCUUUGCACUCUAAUAUACCACAUACAGACACAAAGCCCUCCAUACAUAUAUGUGUUUUUGGCUCCUUUUUAUUUGGUUCUAUUAUGAGAACUAUUAUUUUGAGAGGGUUGUGUACAAUCUUGACUUUUUUGGUUUGUUUGUUUGUUUGAGUUUUGGGAUUUAGCCAUUAGACAGCGUGAUCUUUUUGAAGGGGGAGAAAGGAACACACAAUUUGUUGGUCAAAAUGUCUACCGAAGAGCCGUCAUGCUUUGCUUCAUGUCAGUCUUCUUUUGGCGUUAGUAACCCCCCCCCUACCCCCCAGCCAUAUUUACUUCUGAAGUGAACUGACACACAGGCGUUUAAUUAAAAAGAAACAAUCGGCUUUAACGAUGGUUUAUAAUAAGACAGAAGAAGAAGAAGUUGGUGUGAGUCUGAAACUCACCUGUAAAGUAAAGCCCAGUGAGAGAUACAUGAAUGUAAAAACUAUUCAUGUUUUUGUUUUCACCGUUUACUUAAAUCAGUGUUUGUUUCGUAAUGUUUUAAGUUCAGUUUACGACAAAUGUACAUUUCUUCUAAAAUAGUGAAAUUGAACGGAAAAAAGUUAGCUGUGUUCUUCAGAUAUUCCAAUAAGAUUCAUCCUCUCGAUGUUGGAAUGGUGAAGUUUCCGAGGUUAUCUGUUAGUUGAUGAAGCAGAUGUUCUGUCCUAAAAAAACAAA